AUGGCAAAAUCCUCAGAUGAAGUUUCAAGAAUUGGCAAACUGAAGACAGACAAGAAGCGGGAAGGGCAGAAGAAUAGGGCGAAACUUGUAAAAUCCACUGUCUAUUUUUUCUUCUCUCUCUCUCUCUCACACACACACACACACACAUCUCACUGCCUUUUUCUCUCUCUCUCUUUCUCUUUCUCACUCUCUCUUUCUAUUUAUUUCUCUCUCUCUUUGUCUCUCUCUCACAUCUCACUGCCUUUUUUUCUCUCUCUCUCUCUUUCUCUUUCUCACUCUCUCUUUCUAUUUAUUUUUCUCCCUCUUUCUCUCUCUCCCUCACAUCUCACUGUCUUUUUUCUCUCUCUCUCUCUUUCUCUUUCUCUUUCUCUCUCUCUCUUUCUAUUUAUUUUUCUCUCUCUUUCUCUCUCUCCCUCACAUCUCACUGUCUUUUUCUCUCUCUUUCUCUCUCUUUCUUUCUCUUUCUUUUCUCACUCUCUCUCUUUCUAUUUAUUUUUCUCUCUCUUUCUCUCUCUCCCUCACAUCUCACUGUCUUUUUCUCUCUCUUUCUCUCUCUUUCUUUCUCUUUCUUUUCUCACUCUCUUUUUUUUAUUUUUCUCUCUCUUUUCUCUCUCCCUCAAAUCUCACUGUCUUUUCUCUCUUUCUCUCUUUCUUUCUCUUUCUUUUCUCACUCUCUCUCUUUCUAUUUAUUUUUCUCUCUCUUUCUCUCUCUCCCUCACAUCUCACUGUCUUUUUCUCUCUCUUUCUCUUUUUCUCUCUUUCUUUUCUCUUUCUCUCUUUCUAUUUAUUUUCUCUCUUUCUCUCUCUCCCUCAAAUCUCACUGUCUUUUUUUCUCUCUUUCUCUCUCUCUCUCUUUUCUAUUUAUUUUCUCUUUUCUCUCUCUCUCACAUCUCACUGUCUUUUUCUCUUUUUUUUUUCUUUCUCUUUUCUUUUCUCUCUCUCUUUUCAUUUAUUUUUCUCUCUCUUUCUCUCUCCCUCAUCUCCUGUCUUUUCUCUCUUUCUCUCUCUUUCUCUCUUUUCUUUUCUCCUCUCUCUCUUUCUAUUUAUUUUCUCUCUCUUUCUCUCUCUCCCCACAUCUCACUGUCUUUUCUCUCUCUUUCUCUCUUUCUUUCUCUUUCUUUUCUCUCUCUUUCUCUCUCUCUUUUCUCUCUUCUUUCUCACUGUCUUUUCUCUCUCUUUCUCUCUCUUUCCUUUUUCUUUUCUCCUCUCUCUUUUCUUUUAUUUUUUCUCUCUCUUUCUCUCUCUCACUCUUCUCUCUCUUUCUUUCUCUCUCUUUCUUUUCUCUUCUAUUUAUUUUCUCUCUCUUUCUCUCUCUCCCUCAUCUCUCUGUCUUUUUCUCUUUUCUCUCUCUUUCUUUCUCUUUCUUUUCUCUCUCUUUCUUUUUUAUUUUUCUCUCUCUCUCUUCUCUCAUCUCACUUUUUUUCUCUCUUUCUUUUCUCCUCUCUCUUUCUCAUUUUUCUCUCUUUUCUCUCUCUUUCUCUCUCUUUUCUUUCUCUCUCUUUCUCUCUCUCUCUCUUUCUCAUUUUUCUAUUUAUUUUUCUCUCUUUCUCUCUCCCUCACAUCUCACUGUCUUUUUCUCUCUCUUUCUUUUUCUUUCUCUUUCUCACUCUCUUUCUAUUUAUUUUUCUCUCUCUUUCUCUCUCUCCCUCACAUCUCACUGUCUUUUUCUCUCUCUUUCUCUCUCUUUCUCUCUCUUUCUCUUUCUCACUCACUCUUUCUAUUUAUUUUUCUCUCUCUGUCUCUCUCACAUCUCACUGCCUUUUUUCUCUCUCUCUUUCUUUCUCUUUCUCUUUUCUCCUCCUUUUCUAUUUAUUUUCUCUCUCUCUCACAUCUUUUUUUCUCUUUCUUUCUCUUUCUCUUUACAUACUGGAUGGAGAAAAAUACGACUCAUACAUUUCCCAAGAUCUAUCUAUCUAUCUAUUUAUCUAUCUAUCUAUCCAACUGGCUUUCUUAGGUUUUCUUUCUUCUUUGUCUUCAUACCUUUUCCUGUUCUUUCUUUCUUUCUUUCUUUCUUUCUUUCUUUCGUUCGUUCGUUCGUUCUUUCUUCCUUCCUUUCUUUUGUUCUUUCUUUCUUUCUUUCUUUCUUUUGUUCUUUUUUCUUUCUUUCUUUUACUCCAUAGUUUCUUAGGUCUUCUUUCUUCUUUGUCUUCAUUCCUUUUCCUGUUCUUUCUUUCUUUCUUUCUUUCUUUCUUUCUUUCUUUCUUUCUUUCUUUCUUUUACUCAAUAGUUUUCUUUCUUCUUUGUUUUUCUUUCUUCUUUGUCUUCAUUCCUUUUCCUGUUUUUCUUUCUUUCUUUCUUUCUUUCUUUCUUUCUUUUUUCUUUCUUUUUCUUAGGUUUUCUUUCUUCUUUGUCUUCAUUCCUUUUUCCUUUUCUUUCUUUCUUUCUUUCUUUCUUUCUUUCUUUUCUUUCUUUUUUCUUUUUUCUUUCUUUCUUUCUUUUUUUUUCUCCAUAUUCGUUCGUUCGUUUCUUUCUUCCUUCCUUUUUUUUUUUUUCUUUCUUU